AUGGCGAGCUGGGUUUUAUCAGAAUGUGGUAUUAAACCUCUCCCCAGAUUCUACCCUAAACCCACAACCUCUUUCGCCUCUAACCCAGCACCCACAUGCAAAUUCAGUCCGCCAAUUACACCUCUUUCUUCUCUCAAGUCCCGAAAUGGGUUCUUCGCUAGAACCAGGAACUGGAAGCUAAAUGUGGCCACGCCUUUAUCAACUCUCGAGUCUCCAUCCGAGGAGGAACAGACGACGAGAUUCGACCCAGGUGCGCCUCCUCCUUUUAAUCUGGCGGACAUAAGAGCAGCCAUACCCAAGCAUUGUUGGGUUAAGAAUCCAUGGAGGUCCAUGAGUUACGUUGUCAGAGACGUCGCUAUCGUCUUCGGAUUGGCUGCUGUAGCUGCUUACUUCAACAAUUUGCUUCUCUGGCCUCUCUACUGGUUCGCUCAAGGAACCAUGUUCUGGGCUCUCUUUGUUCUUGGCCAUGACUGUGGACAUGGUAGCUUCUCCAAUGAUCCGAGGUUGAACAGUGUGGCCGGUCAUCUUCUUCACUCCUCAAUUCUUGUCCCUUACCAUGGCUGGAGAAUUAGCCACAGAACUCACCACCAGAACCAUGGGCAUGUCGAGAAUGACGAGUCUUGGCAUCCUUUGCCUGAAAGCCUGUACAAGAAGUUGGAAAAAACUACUCAGACUUUUAGGUUCACAUUGCCAUUCCCAAUGCUCGCGUACCCCUUCUACUUGUGGGGAAGAAGUCCAGGGAAAAGUGGUUCUCAUUUUGAUCCAGACAGUGACUUGUUUCUCCCCAAAGAGAAGAAAGAUGUUCUGACAUCAACUGCAUGUUGGACUGCAAUGGCUGCUUUGCUUGUUUCUCUCAGCUUUGUUAUGGGUCCAAUCCAAAUGCUCAAACUCUAUGCCAUUCCUUACUGGGUAUCUGAUGCUAUAUUUGUAAUGUGGUUGGACUUUGUGACUUACUUGCACCACCAUGGCCAUGAAGACAAGCUCCCUUGGUACCGUGGAAAGGAAUGGAGUUACCUGAGAGGAGGGCUCACAACAUUGGAUCGUGACUACGGAUGGAUCAAUAACAUCCACCACGACAUUGGAACUCAUGUGAUACAUCAUCUUUUCCCGCAGAUCCCACACUAUCAUCUAGUAGAAGCAACAGAGGCAGCUAAACCAGUAUUAGGAAAGUACUACAGAGAACCGAAAGAUUCUGGACCUUUGCCACUACACUUACUUGGAAGCCUCAUAAAAAGUAUGAAACAAGACCAUUUCGUAAGCGAUACAGGAGACGUCGUGUACUAUGAGACAGAUCCAAAACUCAAUGGACAAAGAAGUUGA